CGAUUCAGCAACUCCCGGGUCCGCAUCCGUGCGUGUAGAGGUGUCUUUUCGUUCCGUAAAUUUAUGAGCGGCCAUUCAUAGACCCCUUAUUUGCCAAUCGCAUCUCCAAAUUUCUUCCCAGUCUCUCAUUACUAUCAGUAACUAAUUUUCUUUCUCUGACGCGUCCUCGUCUCCUAAACACGAACAAGUACGCACAUUGUCGCAAUUGGCAUAACGCAGCAACCGUUCGUGUCUAUCAAAGCCACUUUCAUCAUCCAUCGCGCGUCUCCGAUCACCGGAUGUUUGCAGCCCCGCGGUUGCGUCUCCUAGCCGUGAACAGCCGCCUUCAACCCCGCCCAAGCAUGUCGUCACCUCACUCCAAGCCCUUUCUCGAAUUGAACACUCCCUUCUCCACUGAACGCACCGCCCGCAUCGAAGACGAACAAGGCAAUCGCAUACCUCCCAAGAAGGCCGAAGAGUUUAAGAAGGAAGCCAAGAAAGAAAUCAAGAAGGAAGUAGAGCAAUUUGACGAUGCCGUACUUUCGUCUAUGAGCCAUUACAGCGAAUCGCAUGUCGGCCAACCCUUUGUAAACACCUUUAGCGAAGUCCUCGGAAACCUGCGCAAGCUGUUCCUGUCCACCGACCCUGCCGCGCAACCCUUCGUCAUCUCCGGCUCUGGCACACUCGGAUGGGACCAAGUAGCGGCCAACUUGGUUGAGCCUGGCGAUGAAGUGCUCGUCCUACACACUGGCUACUUUGCCGAUUCGUUCGCCGACUGCUUCGAAACCUACGGCGUCAAGGCUACACAGCUCAAAGCACCCAUUGGCGACCGACCACAACUCGAUGAGGUGGAGAAGGCACUAAAGGAGAAGGAGUACAAGAUCCUGACCGUCACCCACGUCGACACAUCGACUGGUGUGCUCAGCGAGAUCAAGGCAUUGAGCGAGCUUGUCCACAGGGUUAGUCCCGAGACAUUGGUCGUAGUUGAUGGUGUCUGCAGUGUUGGCUCCGAAGAGAUCCGCUUCGACGAGUGGAAGCUCGAUGCUGUCAUCACAGCUUCACAGAAGGGCAUUGGCUGCCCAGCUGGUCUGAGUAUUAUGAUGGUAUCUGGCCGCGCGAUUGAGAGGUUCAAGGCGAGGAAGACACGACCAACUUCCUACUUCGGCUCAUGGAAGAACUGGUUGCCCAUCAUGCAAAACUACGAAGCCAAGAAGGCGUCCUACUUCGCUACACCCUCCCCACAGCUUAUCCACGCGCUCGAUACUGCACUCAAGCAGAUCCUCGCCCGACCCGUUGAAGACUACUGGGCUGCACACAAGACCGCGUCGCAAAAGGUCAAGAAGGCUGUUGCUGAUCUCGGCCUCAAGCAGCUUGCUUCCAAGCCGGAGAACCAGGCCACUGGUAUGACCGCCAUUUACCUACCCGAAGGUAUGACACCUCCGGAUGUUCUGCCCAACCUCAUGAAGAAGGGUGUCAUCUUCGCUGGUGGUCUGCACAAGGAGAUCGCAACCAAGUACAUUCGAUUCGGACACAUGGGUGUUAGCGUCACCGACCCGAACCGACCAGACAUCACCAAGGCGAUUGAGAGCCUAAAGGAGGGUCUGGCGGAGGCUGGCUACAAAGCAUAGUCG